AUUCGAUCAUUUUUGUUCUGUGCUGUGAUUUAAUCCAUAAAUAUUUUUUACUUUUUAUCAACGAGUUUUAGGAAUAUUACAUACAUCAAAAUAUUCAUGUAAGGUUGGAAACAUUGUUUCGAUUUCUCUCUCCAGUUGAAAUAAAAAAAAGGUCUUUGGUCGUAUUUCGUCAACGGGUCCAUUUGGAAUUCGUAUCAAACGUAUUGCUUCGUCUAAAUCAUUCGGAGCAUCAGGCGGAUGUUGUCAGAUAUGUCAGGACUUCUUCAGGGUCCUCGGACCCCCUUGAACUUGAAUUUUAGACUUUGGACAUUCUUUUAAAGCUAUCAGAAGCAACUAGGCAAAUGUAUGUAUUUGACGAUUAAAACUUUUCAUCUUCAGUUUAUAGACAGUCAUCCACUGGCGCUCACCACACUCGAAAAAAGGUAUUAAUAUUGAUAUGCAGUCAUUGGACAUCAUCCUUAAAAUCCAAUUGGUUAACAUCGUAAAAACCCUUCUUAAUUUUUUGAAGAUCGUUGCCUAAAUUUAAAUUCAAAGACUUUGUUAAUAUAUAUUCCACUUUUGUGGAGUUGAACUUUGAAUAAAGCAUGAACUUGUCGUAAUAAGGCGGGCAAAGGGCUUUCCGUUCUGCGAUAGUGAGGCGUUGGAGGGGAGGUGGCCGUGGUGUUUGUGCGUCGGCCGCUGUGGAUCGCCGAGCGCUUGCACGUUUGUCAGUGACUGUGUUCACAUGAAAUCAAUGUGGCAUCCGUUGUGAUGAUGACCAUUUUCUUUGGCACGGAGGCACCGGUUGUUGCGUCUUUUAAAUUCCUAGGUUACAAAAACGUUUUGAAAUGGUCUCGAUGGCCCAGCCCUUUAUGGACGUCGAAAGCUGUCGGUCCUACAUCGACGAACUCUAUUCUCCAGAUCCGCAGAAGUGUUUAGACGCGAUAAUAUGUCUCAAGAACUCAGUGAUAGGGAGCAACAGACAGAAAGGAAGUGUCAUAGCGCAGGGGGUCGUCACGAAACUAAUGCAGCUGCUGCAGGAGCCCGGCCUCCCAUCCGAAAUCAGGAUCCAAUCCGCCGUCACUCUCGGCUCCCUCGCCAAAGGCACCGAAAACCACGUCAAACAACUCAUCGACUUCGGAGUCACGCCGCUUCUGUUCAAUUGCAUUUUGUCCAGUUCUGAUCCAAAGUUGAAAGAUGUUUGCUUGAGGUGUGCCUGUUCCAUCUUUUCCCAUCCUAACGCACCAUUUGAACUAGUGAACAGUGACAAGCAUAUAAUUGCUCAUCUUCUCGCACUGGCCAUGGGGACAGUGUCUAAUCAAAUUUGUGUUACCACUAUCUUAGGUGCCUCUUGUAAAUACUAUGAACACCAGAUUUUGAUGUGUGAGCAAGGAACUAUUUAUACGCUGGCUGCAUUACUAUGUUCUCAACAUUAUUCAGUUAUUAUGCCGACUCUAAACUGUCUAGCAAAUCUUGCUUAUGAAAACUCUAGAGUCUGUGCCAUUAUAGCUACUGCUAGUUUUGGCGGAAAAUCGAUUCCUGAUUUUUUAGUAGGGCUAAUGGCACGAGACCGACCCAGUGAUAUGCAACUGUCUUCAGCAAAAUGCUUGACUUAUAUCCACCGGGCAGGAGCCAUAGCUGCUGAAGAUCCUAAAAUACUUUACAAAACACUUCCUUGUCUUGUGGUCCUCUGCAAGAAAGACAGGCCAUGUGAAGAGAGGAUCGUUGCUGCAGAAACCAUUGCCUACUUAACAGAAGUGAAUACUGAUUUACAAAGACUAGCGUCUAUUUCGAAUCAACUUAUCCCCACAUUGGCAAGCAUGGUGCAAAGCCAGGCUGAGACGAACAACAAUAACAACAACGUGCACCAGGAUCCAAGACUGAUUAAUGGCAUGAAACAAGCAGCUUUCAGGGCUUUUGCUUCAUUAGGAGCAAAUGAUGAGGAUAUCCGUAAGAGGAUUAUAGAGACAGAGAGGCUUAUGGAUGAAGUUGUUGUUAGUUUAGACGAUAGUGAUGAUAAAGUGCGGAUGUCCGCUGUCCGUUGCUUACAUUCUCUCUCCAGAUCUGUGCAGCAGCUCAGGACAACUUUCUUGGAUCAUUCAGUGUGGAAGCCGUUGAUGGGCUUGCUGCAUGGUGCAGCAGAUGAAGUUCUGAGCGUUGCAUCUUCAACAUUGUGUAAUCUCCUUUUAGAAUUUUCCCCAGCAAAGGAACCAAUACUUGAAUCAGGUGCAGUGGAACUUCUAUGCCAUUUGACACACAGGCCUGAUCCAGCUUUGAGAUUAAACGGAAUAUGGGCCUUAAUGAAUAUGGCAUUCCAAGCUGAACAGAAGAUUAAAACACAAAUUUUACACACUCUUGGGACCGAACAAAUUUUCAGGCUUUUAUCUGAUCCUGAAGUGAAUGUACUAAUGAAAACACUUGGGCUAUUAAGAAAUUUACUGUCGACAAAGCCACAUAUUGACCACAUUAUGUCAUUACACGGUAUUCAAAUCAUGCAAGCUAUAACACUUAUACUUGAUGGUAAUCACUCGGUUGAUGUUAAAGAGCAAGCACUUUGCAUACUUGGGAACAUUGGUGAUGGUGAUUCUGCCAAAGAAUAUAUUAUGUCUAAUGAUAAUGUUUUAAAAAAACUACAAGAAUAUAUGUCUCACAGUAAUGUUAAGCUGCAAAUUGCAGCCAUUUUUUGUAUAUCUAAUCUUGUUUGGAAAGAAGAGAGUGGUUCAGCAGAGAGGCAAGCUAAACUUAAGGAAAUCGGUGUUUUUAGGUUACUCCAGCAACUUAUAAUGACACCAGAUAGUAUGCUAUUUGACAAGGUCAAAAUAGUUAUGACACAAUUUUCAGAUGCAUGACAUUUAUCGUUUAUGUUCUCACCUUACUUGGGAGCAUUUUAAUAUUAUAACAGUCAAAAUAGAACCUCAAUCAGUCAAUCUUCGGGGUUAAUAUUCAAGUUAUAGGUUUUUAAAUUUAUGUUAUAUUGUUCUUACAAUUUAUUUUUUAUUUUUAUUUUGAUUGUGUUAUUAGUAAUUGUUCCUUGUUAAGGUUGUUAAUAAUAUUGGUUAUGUGGAAAACACUAGCUGUGUGAUUCUGUAAUAUAUCUGCAAACUUAAGCCAUUUUGGGAAUGACACUCUGAUUCCAAAUAAUCAAACCAAUUGUGUAUGUAUUAGCAUUUUUGUUUCUUACCAUUAGGGUAUAAUCAUUGUUUUCAAAUGUACAGUUGGUAUUAUUUAAAAAAAUUAAAUAUAUUUAUUUUCAACCCA